AUGGAGAAAUACCAGCAUAAAAUUGGGUGCCUGGUUCAUAUACCUAAUGUGGGUCGGGGACAAUUAAAAUACAUCGGACCUGUGGAUACGAAACCUGGAAUUUAUGUUGGUGUGGACUUGUUGGCAAAUAUUGGUAAGAAUGACGGUAGUUUCAAGGAUAAGAAGUAUUUUCAUACUGAGUUCCCGCAAAGUGGUCUCUUUAUCCAGUUACAGAAAGUGGCGUCUUUGAUAGAUAAUGCACAACCUGCGGGAUCGAGACGAAGUACUUUGGUACCGGAACCGACGUUUGCACCCGUACCCACGGUAGGGAACCGCAUCAGUAGCUCUGAGAGUACUGGGAGCACGAUUGUUAGAAGACCGAUUCAUGCAGAUCCCAAAUCACCGACACCCAUGAGAGAAGGAUCAUUUGGCAGUGCAACUGAGAGUAUAAGUGAUUUGAAGCCAAGAAAACUCAGAGCUAGUAUACAGGAGGGCAGAACGAGUGCAGAGACAGAUUAUGACGGAGACUUAAAUAUGAUACCACCUUCUUCUGUGUCAAGCCAGCGCGGAAGUACAAGAAGUCCAUCACCAGGUAUCCUGAAAGGAUAUGAGCUCAAAAUCGAACGGCAGGAGAGAGAGAUUUCACAGUUCAAGCGGUUGUUAGAUGAUCAACGAAUGGUACUAGAAGAAAUACAGCCAACGAUUGAUGAGUACGAAAGCAAUCUACGAGAGAUGGAGGCCGAAAUGAACACACUGCGACAUCGCUUGAAGGAGGAACAAGAACAACAACAAAGGCAAAAGCAAUUUUUCGAGACUGAGCAUGAGCAAUUGCUUGCAGUGGUAGAUGAACUGCAUGAAGAGAUCAAGGCCAACGAAAGGAGAGUCGUCGCGGCUCAAAGCGAGCAGACUAAGACUAUACAUGCCACUCCCCAGUCAAAGAGAACGAUGAACGACUUAAUUCGCAAAGUCGAGUAUUACGAGUCUGCGCAGGUUAAGUGGAUGAAGGAGAAAGAGCAACUCAAGCUGCAAAAUGACUCACUGAGCGCCGAGUAUCAGUCACUGAAUAGCGAGAUGCUUAAGUCACAGAGGAGUGGAGAUGAUAAUACUGAAAUUAAGAUAUUGCAAGAUAGACUGAAUGAUGCUAAUAUGAGGAUAGUACAUUUGCAAGAGCUCCUGAACCAAAAGAACAAUCUCAGAUCUCCAACUUACGCAGAUGAUACGCAUAAUACGCAGAAUAGCCGUUCUGACACAAGAGAUUCACUGCCAUUGUACACAUCGAAGCUAAAGGUAAACACUUCGAACCAUCAGGAUGCCUGGUGUGCAUUAUGCGAGAAAGAUGGGCACGAGAGCAUUGAGUGUCCCUACGAGCUCCCACUGGUUAGCGAUCGACCUGUCCGUAUUCGUUCUCCAUCGAACGAGCAACUUCUCUUCUAG